CAGAAACCACCAAGCCGCGAGCAUCUUCCCCUCUCCCCGCAUCCUCUCGACCCUCUGUCCUCUCUGGGCCGGCACCUCACAGCGGACAGACGCUCUCGACUCGCCGUCUUGGUGUCCUCUGCAGCAGCUCUCGGCGUGCACAACCGCUCUCCGCCACCCAUUCGAAGGCCGCGACUCGUCGACAGCUGCGACCUUUACCGACGACGACGCACGAUCGACAUACCCAAUACUCGCCGGCAGCCUCUCGUCUCCUGCUGGCACGGGCUAAUAAGCGUUGGACCAGCGACCGGCAACCAGCAACCAGCAACCGGCAGCCUGCCAACACGACCUACGACGUUCGGGGCACUCGGUGCUUUAUUCGACAGCUACAGCUCCCCCAAGGUCCUCGUGUGACCCGAUCAGAUCCCCCAGCUCGUCGACCUUCCUCUUCCCGCCACGAUGCCUCCCCCUUCGUCGGCGCAACAAAAGGUGCUACUUGCACAGUUCGUUAACCUUACUGGGGCUACGGAGCGUCAGGCGACUCGGUAUCUUAAGUCGACCAGCUAUAAGCUCAACGAGGCCGUGGAUGCGUAUUACAUGAACUCGGCCAGUGAAACCAAGGGCCCAUCUCCGUUGGAUUCCAAAUUGGAGGCUUUGUUCGACUCAUUAAGGGAUGACGAAAACGAUGAAAAAGACCAGCUGGAGCUGGAGUCGACCAUGGGUUAUCUGAGCGAGAAACUCAACGUCAGUCUAGAAAACGCCGAACUGUUCGUCGUCCUGGAGUUGGUGCAGGCCCCUAGCGUGGGUGAAAUCACCAGAUCAGGAUUCAUCGACGGUUGGAAAUCAAGCGGGGUUGGGGUAUCGCACCAAGAACACGCCGCCCAUGUACGGAAACUCAUCUCUGAGCUCUCUCGUGAUACGGCCUUGUUCAAGAAGGUUUACAAAUACGCCUUUGUUGCUGGCCGUGAAAAGGACCAGAAAGCCCUGGCUUUGGACAAUGCUCUAAUCUACUGGAGCAUGCUAUUCUCGGCGCCUGGCGUGGUGUGGAAGGGCAAGCACGACUGGCUAGACCUAUGGAAGACAUUCCUGGGCGAGAAGUGGACUCGAUCUGUCAACAGGGAUAUGUGGAACAUGAUUUUGGAGUUCGCCCUUAAGAGCAUUGGCGACGAAUCCUUGUCAUUCUGGAGCGAAGACGGCGCAUGGCCAAGCGUCAUUGACGACUUUGUCGAGUGGUGCAGGCAGAAGGGCAUUGGAAAGCCCGAGACUAUGGAAGUCGAUGGUCAGUGAAGCCUUUGGGUCUAGAUGACCACAUUUACACAACAAUUGGCCGGGAUACUGCGUAUCGGCAAACUAUUGGCUUGGCGGGAAUGGAUCCCAUCUUUUUAUUAUGCAGGCACCCGCGAGGGAAAGGGGGCUGGCUUAGAAGACAUGCUAGGCGAGACUUGAGAGUAUACCUCGGCCUCCUAGCCUCUUUUGCGAUGUCAUAGACUUAUAGCGACAAUUAUACGAAAUCAUGGAAUGACCUG